GUCUAACAUUUGUAUUGGCAAUACAAGUGUUUUUAGCGAAUUAUUCAGUGUUAAAAUAAGAAGUGUUUAUUGUUUAUAGUAUUUAUUAAUUUAUUUUAGACAUGUUUGCAAAUAAGAAGGCGUGGUUUUCGAGCAGUGUGUCCAAAGAACAUCGCGACUUCUGGCUGUGGGAGUGUGGAAUACUAACAGGUUGGAGAACGGCAGAUUAUCUUUUUAGCGAUGAUGCUACACACCCCGAUACACUCAGUGUGUUUAACAGCGAGGCUUACCUGUGGGACAAGGUGACCGUUUUCCACAGCUUAUUCCUGAGUGCAUGCGAGAAGCGACGGAGUAUAAAGUCAGUCAGCAUCGGUCACUACGUGCUGCCUCCUGUUCCAGUGCAGGACGCAGUGAGAAAUGUGAUUGGCAGGUUUAUUUGGGAGUGUGAGGACAACCAGCCAGUUAGACCGGAAAGCUGGACUGAACCAUUACAUGCAUUCAAGUCACGUGACGAUCCAAUGAAUAAGACUCCUACAGGUAUCAGCAUGGAAAAGCUGCAGACGUAUUCAAGACAAACACAUGACUCAGACUUCAGUGGUUUCCAAUGCAUCCACUGUAAAGCUUAUAUCUGCUCACCAAAGUCAUAGGAAUAACACACAGAAAAGACAAUAUUUGCAUAUAGUGUACCAGAAAGUUAUUGCAUUUGGUUAUGCAAAAUUGAGUAUAAAGUAUAUUUUAUAGAUAUGCAGUACGCCUGACAACGGUAAGUCUACCUUUUGUGUUUUUAUGUACUGAUUCAUGGUGAUGGUUAAUGGGCGGUCAGUCUCUGUGUAAAAUUUAAAGGACAUUUAUUUAGUGGUUUGCUUUAAGAAGUUAUACAGUUACAGUAUAUAUAUAUACGUAGAUAAAUAUGUUUAUAUUAAAAAAUAAUCAAAAAUUUAAAGCAAAAAUAAAUACAUACACUGUAAAGUAAAUCA